AUGGGUUUACAGCAAGAACCUAUGUUAUCAGGCAAAACUGACCAGAAUAAAGAAACACCAGUAGUUACAAGUCAACCAGUAACUAUAAUUCCUUUACAAGACCAUCCAAUAACUUUGAAAUGUCCCAACUGUCAUCAAGAAAUUGUAACGAAGAUUAAAUAUCGUAAUGGUAUGCUAACUUAUGCAGCUUGUACAGGUUUAUGCAUAGUUGGGUGCUUCUGUGGCUGUUGUCUCAUUCCAUUUUGUGUAAAAGCAUGUAAAGAUGUUGAUCACAAAUGUCCUGAAUGCAGUCAUCACAUUGGAACAUAUCGCACGUUACAAGAAAAAUAUAUGAAAUAA